UAUUUUGGUUCUCCUAUAUUCAUUCAUGUUUAUUCUUUAUUCUCUCACCUUUUCUCUCUUUUGUCUCUUUGAGCCUGCAUGCAAGGACAUUUUGUCACUUGAUGAUCUUCGACACCGCACGCUGGUGCAUGCGUAUUUUGAUCACCUCGAGGAAAAGCCAUUUGUGCAGUUGAAAAUACAGUAAGAUUCAUAAUUUUGAAUUAAGUGCUCAUUCGUUUCGUGGAGACAAUGACAUUUAGUAAGCCUUCCAUAGAUAAUAAGCGGCAGUAUGAGGAUGAAAACCGAGGCUUUAAGCCAGAAUGGGAGGAAGUGUUUGCUUUCACAGAAACAGAGGUAAACCUCUGUGUCUCCUCUGCAACAAAUUGCUUACACAUGACAAGGCGAGCAACCUGAAACCUCAUUAUGAAACAUUUUCAUUUGAAUAUUCUCCUGGAUCAGACAUGAGGAGAAACAAGCUGACCUCUUUAAAACCACGCCUCAGCAGUCAGCAGAUGCUCCUUUCAGCAUUCAGUAAAGAAGCUGAUGUAACGACUCAAGCCAGUUUUGUUGUGGCAUGGAAUAUCGCUUAUGCCAAGUCCUUAGACCAUUGCAGAAGUGGUGGCAAUUUUUGAAUCCAGAUGACAAGAAACAUCAACGACUAGUAAGCCAGAUUCCAUCUUCAAGGCACACUACGGAGAGGCGCAUCUCCGAGAUCAGUGCUGCUGUUUCAACGAAGAUGCAGAAUGACUUAAAAACCUCACUGGCGUUCAGCUUAGCACCUGAUGAGUCCACUUAGUGUUAGUGUUGCAACUGAUGGAGCUCCGGCAAUGUUGGGAAAAAAUGUAGGCCUGGUCUCUUGGAAAAGUGAUCCUAAGUUCCCUGCAUUAUACAUCGUGAAAAUCUCAUGGGCAAAUAUUUCAAAUAUGAAAAUGUCAUGAUGACGGUCCUACACAUUGUCAGUUUCAUCUGCACGAACGGGAAGACAGUUAAAAAAUUUCAUCGAAGAGCUUGAUCUUGAAGAUAACCCCGACGACGUCUCCUCCUUUGUGGGGUGAGGUGGCUAUCAACCACAAUGUCUUAACCAGGUUUGUGGAACUGCUGGAACCAAUCAAGGUGUUCCUUGAAAAAAAAAGGGAAAGUCCUGUCCACAACUUGAGGGUCCACAGUGGUUGGCAGACCUGGUAUAUCUCACUGAUGUUGUGCAGCACCUGCAAUCUCUAAACCUGGCACUCCAGGGACAGGGUAAGUUAAUUUCUGACACUACACAGACAGUCUUCAGUUUCCAGAACAGGCUGAAGCUUCUGCAGAGGGACUGAAAGUCGAGAGACUUUAACCACUUUUCUCGCCUCAACAAUAUGGAAAAAAUAUUCCCUGAAAUCAAAGUAGAAGAGCAGAAACUGGAGGAAUAUAACAGCAAAUUGCUAGGACUGCUUUAUGACUUUUGUCGCAGAUUUGAAGACUUGCAGAAGUUGAAACCCUGCUUUCUGGUGGAUCCAUUCAUGCUUGAUGUGAUCAACGACGGCUGUCCGAUCCCCAGACCUUUGGUAACAAACACAUCUGCUGUGGAAAUGGAACCACUGGAACUCCAGGAGGAUGAGGGUCUAAAUAUGGUGCAGAUGGUGCAACUGAAGAAGACAACAGUGUGACUCAUAUCAAUAUUCGGCACAACAUACUGCUGCGAGUCGCUCUACCCCAUGUUCAAGUUCGUGAAAGCGAUACACCGUUCUGUCCUUACUGACCAACACCUCACAGAACUCCUCCAUACCGCCCUGACAGCAUAUCAGCCCGACUUCAAGCAGCUCACGUCCAUGAUGGAGACCCACAAGGUGUCCAGCAACAACUAGCAGUGUUACGACUUUGGGAUCCAUCCUUAAUGUAGAUAUGGUCAAAGAGAAGACAGCAGAAGAAAUAGGCCAGAUAUGGAUGCACUAUUUUGCCACUAAGGACACCAUUUGUGCAAUUAUUCCUGGAGAAAAAUUUGAAACAAUGUCCGACAGAGGAAAGAACUGUCCCACAUUCUUGUAUGCUCUGCCACAGGAGGAGGGUUAUGAGUUUUUUGUGGGUCAGUGGUCAGGCAAUGAGCUGCAUUUCACUUCCCUCAUCAACGUUCAGACGAUAGGGCAAAAUGCUCCUAGCCAGCUGAUUCUCUACCACUACCCUGAACUUCAGAAGGACAAGGGCAUCGUGCUCAUGGCAGCAGAAAUGGACCACAAAUUCCUGGACGUAACCAAGGCCCAGUGCCUCGCCAAUCAGGUGCAGUUGUUCUAUGGCACACAACACCAAGAGACCUUCCAUUUGGUAGAGCUGUUCAACCACAAGCCUGCUGAUUUCAAACACAUGUCUGUCAUUGCAAAGCUGGAGCAGACCGGGAUCUCGCAUCCGAGAGCCUAAAACAGGCAGCACUGUCCCGGGAAACACAGACUCUCAGUAAACACUGAAACAUUAAGACUCCUAACACUUGGCCUUUUGAAGUAACAAGGAAUCAAUCAAAUUGGGAGGUGAAAGCAAUCCUUAGCAGUGAAAGGGUUAAACAUAAUAUAAAUGCUGCCCUAUAGGUUGAUAACCAACAUUUUAAAAUCUGUUUUCUUAUCUCUUGUCAGCACUUGGACUUGAUCAACCUAAACUUUCCUGGGAUAAGUCACA